AGAGAAGAGGAACCUUUCCCUGGGGGGCCAUGUCGGCUUCGACAGUCUCCCGGAUCAGCUGGUCAGCAAGUCUGUGACGCAGGGCUUCAGCUUCAACAUCCUCUGUGUGGGUGAGACCGGCAUUGGGAAAUCCACACUAAUGAACACCCUCUUCAACACCACCUUCGAGACGGAGGAAGCCAGUCACUACGAGAGCGCAGUCCGCUUGCGGCCACGCACCUACGACCUGCAGGAGAGCAACGUGCACCUGAAGCUGACGAUUGUGGAUGCGGUUGGCUUCGGGGACCAGAUAAACAAAGAUGAAAGGCCGAUAGUUGAGUACAUUGAUACGCAGUUUGAAAAUUAUUUGCAAGAGGAGCUGAAGAUCCGCCGCUCCCUCUUCAACUACCACGACACGAGGAUCCACGUCUGCCUCUACUUCAUCACCCCCACUGGCCACUCCCUCAAGUCCUUGGACCUGGUCACUAUGAAGAAGCUCGAUAGCAAGGUGAACAUCAUCCCAAUCAUUGCCAAAGCAGACACCAUCUCCAAGAGCGAGCUGCACAAGUUCAAGAUCAAGGUGAUGAGCGAGCUGGUCAGCAAUGGGGUGCAGAUCUACCAGUUCCCUACGGACGAUGAAGCGGUUGCCGAGAUCAACUCGGUGAUGAAUGCUCAUCUGCCCUUUGCCGUGGUCGGCAGCACAGAGGAGGUGAAGGUUGGGAACAAGCUGGUGAGAGCUCGGCAGUACCCAUGGGGAGUGGUGCAAGUUGAGAAUGAAAGUCACUGUGACUUUGUGAAGCUGCGGGAAAUGCUGAUUCGGGUCAACAUGGAGGAUCUUCGGGAGCAGACUCACACCCGCCACUACGAGCUGUACAGGAGGUGCAAACUGGAAGAGAUGGGCUUCAAGGACACAGAUCCUGACAGCCAGCCCUUCAGCCUCCAAGAAACAUACGAGACCAAAAGGAAAGAGUUCUUGGGAGAGCUCCAGAGGAAAGAGGAAGAAAUGAGACAAAUGUUUGUUAACAAAGUCAAGGAGACGGAGGCAGAGCUGAAGGAGAAGGAGAGAGAGCUGCAUGAGAAGUUUGAGCACUUGAAAAGGAUACACCAGGAAGAGAAACGGAAGGUGGAGGAGAAGAGGAGGGAGCUGGAGGAGGAGAUGAACGCCUUCAACCGGCGGAAAGUAGCGGUGGAGACCUUGCAGUCCCAAUCCUUGCAGGCUACCUCACAGCAGCCGCUGAAGAAGGACAAAGACAAGAAAAAAUCAGUAAUAACAGGAAACCAAUCAGGAGUCUGCCUCUCCAGCUCUAAGGUGAUGAUCACCAAGACCAAUGUGGAGCCCUUAAACUGCAAUAGCUGGUGGCACGCCAUACAGUGCUGUAGCUGUCUGGUCAAGAGCGCGACGUGGAGGGAAGGAUUCAUCUGAGGCAGCCCAGGUAGUAGAUGGGGCCAGAUGGACAUCACCAUGGCAUGGAACUGGAGAGAAGAAAAAGUAUAUAUAU